AUGAUACUGAGAUCCGAUCCGACGUUCUAUCAGUAUCUCAUUGGUGCGUUAAAGUACUUAGCUGUAACAACCCGACCUGAUAUUUCACAUUCGGUGAGCAAAUUGGGGCAAUGCAACAUCAAUCCGAAAGCUGAACACGAAAUAGGAGCAAAGCAUGGCCUACGUUACUUGGCCAAUUCCAUUGACUACAAACUUGGGUACUAUGAAGUCUGUGGAUAUGUGGACGCAGACUGGGGCGGCGACCUCAAUGACCGAAAAUCAUACUCCGGUUAUUUGUUUAUGGUGGCAGGCGCUACACUUUCAUGGGAAUCAAAGAAGCAAACGAUUGUUGCUUUAAGUACUACGCAAGCAGAGUACGUCGCACUUUCAACGGCGGCGAAGGAAGCAGUUUAUUUAAAAAAUUUACUAACAUAA